AGCCAAAGCAGAACAUGAAGAGGAAGAGGGAGGACAUGGAAAUUGUAUGGCAAACCCCAGCGAAUCCUCCAGAGCGCCAAGAUUACAUCUUUCGCAACGGAGUUCGCUAUGUUAAGCCGUACUACUUCGAGUUCAUCUCUCAUGUUAAGAAUCGGUGGGCGGGGAAGACCAUUGUUGAUCUGUUUGCAGAAGAAUUUAAAGGGCGACCUUAUGAGUACUAUGUUUCUGCUGUAAAAUGUGGACGGAUACAAGUUGAUGGACAGGUAGUGCCUGUCUCAUACAUAGUUUGGUCUUCACAAAAGAUAAGCCAUUUCUUACACAGGCAUGAACCUCCAGUGAUGGCAUGCGAUGUCUCAAUUCUGCAAAAAGAACCAGAUGUGUUGACUGUUUGUAAGCCUGCAUCUGUUCCGGUGCAUCCAUGUGGUCAAUAUCGUAAGAAUACCAUUGUUGGUAUCCUUCAGGCAGAGCAUGACUUGGCACCUCUAUUUCCGAUUCAUCGACUAGAUCGCUUGGUUUCAGGACUUCUUAUCUUGGCCAGAAGUGCUUCUAAGGCUGACCUUUUUAGGCAACAGAUUGAAGCUGGCUUGGUACAGAAACAGUAUAUUGCUAAGGUCAUUGGGGUGUUUCCCGAGGACGAGCAAGUUGUGAAUUUGAAUGUAAAUUAUAACGCACGAGAAGGGAGGAGCACAGUGGAGGUGGGGGACUGUUGUGAUGGCAAUGACAAUAAAUCCGUGAAGGGCAAAUCUGCUUGUACAAAAUUUACUAGGAUUAGUACCAAUGGAACUCAUAGCAUUGUUUUGUGUGAACCAAUCACCGGCAGAACUCAUCAAAUACGUGUCCAUUUGAAACAUACUGGCCAUCCAAUAGCCAAUGACAUGCUCUACCUUUCUGAAUUUGUUACUGAUCGUUCUAGUGAAGGAUUGAGCGCUGAUAGAGCUGCUGUGAAGUCAAGCCAUUCUCUAACGUCUAAUUCUCAUGAAAAUAGUAUUAAUGGAUCUGAAGAGAACUCCAUUGAAGACUUCAGCAUUGAUUUGAUGUGCACAAAUUGUCCAAAUUUGGCUCCUAAAGGAUAUGAUGGUAAUGAAGAGGGCUUAUGGCUUCAUUGCUUUCGAUACACUGGACCUGAUUGGAUUUAUGAAUGUCCAUAUCCAGAUUGGGCAUCGCUUAGCUAAUCUUUUUAUUGUUUUCAAUCCUUGUACAAUAUCCAGAUUGGACAUUGCUAAGCCAAUUUUUUUUUUCAAUCUUUUGUACACUAUUUUGGAGAAAAUUAUAUUGGUGUAGUCUCUAUCAGAAUUGUGUAAAAAAAAAAAAGGUAUACCAUAUUGUUGGUUAGA